CUCAAUACGAGAAAACCUGUUGCCCCUGGUCACACAAGCUAUGCGCCAGUUAAUAAAUCUUUGAGUUCAUCGGUUCGGAAGUCCCCUCAAGGACGAUAUAAAGCUAGCAAUGAAUCAGCAAAGGCUUCUGUGUCGGUAGCUUAUCAGGUGGCCCAAGUGGUGCUUGCCACCAGACGCAGAUCAUAUUAUUCACAGAGUGAUGUCGAGGUGAAAGCGAGUGUUGGAUAUGGACCUCAUACUUCCAAUGAUGCAGAAAGUAUUGCUGCUGGAACCUAUCGCCAGCGUCAUGAAAUUUCUGUGACUGGAGACAAAGUCCCUCAACCAUUCACCUCAUUUGAAGCCACUGGAUUCGCUCCAAAGAUUCUUAGGGAGGGUCGGGAUGUCACUCCAGAUGACGUAUGUCAGUUCUGUAGGGAGGUGAUGACGCCGGAUCUAGGACUGGGCACGAUGUCGCAAAUGCGUUUUUCUGGUUUGACGAGCACUCAUUCAACGAGCACGUCUCAGUUUCCUUCAACAACAUUCUCCGCUCAGAUUGCACAGCUCCAGGCGGAGUUACAGCAAACACAGCAGAGGGAGGCUGCUUUACAGGCUGAAAUGGAGGAGCGACGACAGAGGGAGGCUGCAAUACAGGCGGAGUUGAAGGAGUGGCGUCGGAGGGAGACAGAAAUGGAAACUAGGCAGUCGGAGAUGCAACAACAGCUCACCCGUAUUCUGCAGUUCUUCCAAUCAUCCUCGAGGAUGUUCAACAGCCUUGAUGGAAUGUCCCCCCCUCCCCCAACCCCAACCCCAGUGAAGCUGGAGUCUGGAGGAGAACCGAGUUUUGCCAUGGAAGUGGAGGGGGAAAAUGGCUCAAAAGAAAUGUGAGUUUGGGAUGCCGAGAUUCAAAGGAAAAGGCGCAGAUACUUUUGUUAAUACUGAUAUAAGGCAUACACUUCUUUAAGCUGUGCACUUCUUUAAAAUUGCACUUUUAUCUUUUUAAAUGUUAUUUUUAUUAUUUGGAUAU